GAAAGAAGAUUUCCAUUUUACUCCUUGUUUUUUGUUUACUCCUGUUGUAUUUUUUUUUCCUAUUCAUCUCGUGAAUUACUCGUUUUGUUUUAUCCCACACCCUUCCUCCUUACAAUCACCUUAGUGAUUCCCUUUUCCAGUGCUGAAGUAACUCUUAGCGUUGUGACCUGAAACUGUUGUUGCUGACUUCUCUACCCAUUCGCGCCCCCGUACCGUCUCUCUCUCUCUCUCACACACACAAAAACACACGUGAGAAGACUCGCUGAAGGCGCAUCGUUGUUUCAUUGCAGUGCACACCUUUGUCUCUUUUUUUCUUGUUUGCUUGCUUGCCUGUGUCUGUGUUUAUGCGAAGCUUCUCCGCUAAGGCUUUCUCGUACGCUCGCCUCAUCGCCUCCUCGGUCACCUGCCUUGCCGCCGUCACACCCACGACGACCGCAACAAGCGAGACGACGGCGCCGACCUCCACCUCAGCGGCCGGCACGCAGCACAGCAGCACGACAGGCACCAUGUCCUACAACCUGCACGGCCCCAACCCCCCGCCGAUGCUCUCUGCGGCGGCGAAGACGAAGGAGAAGAAGACACUGCGACUGACCUACCCGAGCUGGCAGGGCGGCACGCUGCCGCUGUACCACUUUGGCUCGCAGCUGCUCACCGCCCUCGCCCCCCCAACGAACGGCCCGGUGGCGCAGGUGACGGUGACGCCGCCGGAGCUCACCCCGUUGCCACUGAAGAAGACCAAGGGCAUCAACGCACUUCCCGAGAACGUCGCCACCAUGGAAAGCGCCAUCGCCGUGUGCAAGCAGCACAACCCCGACAACAUCGUCGUGCUCGGCGGCGACUGCUUCGCCGAGCUCGGCCCCUUUUCUUACUUGGCCGACAAGUACAAGAAGGAGAAGUUCGGCCUGCUGUGGCUCGACGCGCACCCCGACGUCUUGAACUCGAAGGACUGGUGCAACGCACACACCUACCCGGUGGGCGCACUGAUGGGCAAGGGCGACAAGGAGUUUGUGGAGCUUGUGAAGUCCCCUAUUCCUGGGUCGCGGGUGAUGGUGGCUGGCAUGCACCACCCGUCCAAAAGAGAUCAGCGGCACAUCGACGACUACGGUGUUCGCGUGUGCGGUCCAGACUCUAUCGUUAACAACGGUGCUGCGGAGGUACUCAAGUGGAUCAAGGACGAGGGCAUCACGCACCUCGCCAUUCAUCUGGACCUGGACGUGCUGUCGGAUAAGUACUUCCGAAUGCUGUACUUCAGCGACCCUGAUGCCCCGGAGGGUGCGCACAAGGGCGUUCCGAGAGGCCAACUGCGCUUCAAGCACGUCACCUCGCUUCUGAAGGCGGUGUCGGCGAAGACCCAGGUGGUUGGCUUCGGCAUUACAGAACUGCUGCCGUGGGACGUCUACAACUUCCGCGAGUUCUUGAAGGAGUUGCCAUUGGUGAACCCGAACUACGCUGCCAAGCUGUAG